UGAGCGUCCCUCUUCCCUUCUUCCAGUUAGCGCAAGAUGGGCGGCGAGCAGAGUCGGGACGCGGGCGGCGGGGUGGGCGUGGGCGGAGGAGGUGUCGAGGGCGUGGAUAGGCGCGGGUCGGAUCCCAAUAGGCCUACCUCGACCUCUCCUCGGCCGUCGAUCUGCUCCGAUUCGGAUCUUCCCUAUAUUCCUUAUACGGUCAAUAGGCCUAUAGGAGAGCCGCUCCGCCGCCGGCAGCAGCAGCACCUGCAGCGCCCUCAGGAGGUGGUGGUCGUGAGGGAGGCUUCGGCGAACACCCAGGGCUUGGAUCCGGAACUGGCGCGGCUGCAGUCGAUCCCCACCUUCCUGCCCAUCAUGCGCGGGGCCCUGACAGCGCCUUCUGCACGAGAUCCCGAGGUCCUGGAGCGCCUGGACUCGGCCGCGCUGGUGGCCCUGUGCCGUCGCUACCAGGCACACCUCCACGCCACCGCCUCCGCCACCAGCCAGCACCAGGACCUCCUCUCCAGCAAGAUUAGGGAGGUGGACUCCACGAUUAGCGGGUUGGUGACGCAAGUGACGGAGCGACAGCGUAACUUCGCCCGUUACGCAGACAAGCUGAACCAAGUGAACGAGAUUAGCCACGCCCUCUCCCGUUGCCACGCCUCCCUCAACCUCAUUCUCGAGAGCCUGGAGACGCUGAACAAUUCUCUGCCGAUCCAGGACCGUCUCGAGCCCUUCGUGUGGACCACAGGCUAAAGGAGAAAGGUGGAGGGCGUGCGAGGGUGUGUGGGUAUGUUUGUAGGUGGGUGAGGCGUGUGUGUGUGUGUGAGUGGGUGGGUGUUUGUUUGUGUGUGGGUGAGUGGGCGUAUGAGGGGCGUGUUUAUGUGUCUGUGACUGUGUGUGACUUUGUGCUUGUGCGAAAGGGUGUAUGAACAGAAGUACGAAUAUUGUAACUUGUACGCAAUAGGUACGGAAUGAAGACGUGACGUUUCGAACACGUCAGGAGUUCCUCGUUAGUGAAAAUCGAAAUGGCUUUGACUAUAUUUGAUUAGGAACUCUUGUCAGGUUGGAAUUGUGUGUUUACUCCGGUCCUGUUGUGGAAAGAUGUAAUUUUAUGAAUGAGUGUAUGUUUUGCUUAUGUUCGUGUACUUUUGCGAGUACGUUUUUUCUUUCUUUCUUUCUUUCUUUCUUUCUUUUUUGUGACUUUGAGCUUGUGUGAAUGUGUGUAUGUCUGACUAUGGAUGUGUAUUUUUAUAUGUGCGUGCGCAUGUGUGAAUGUUCAUUUACCCACGAUAAGGUGCGUAUGUGAAUGAAUUAAUAUUUUUGACUAUGAUUGUAUACUUAUGUGAUUGUGCGAUACUUGGGUAUGUAAUAUGAUUGUAUUUCGGCGAGUGUGUGUAUUUUUAAGUCUCCAUGUCUUCGUGUCUCUCAAAGUGUAUUUGCGUGACUCAGUGUUAUGUCUACUUGCCCUUGUGUCGUCAAGUCGUUUAUUUAUUGCCAAGCCGAAGAUGUUAUGUAAUUGUUCAGAAGGCUAGUGCAUGAGUCACAAUCUUACAAUACUGAACAGCAAGAUGGUAUUCAUGAUUUUAUUUUAUUUUUGUUCAUUAGAUGCAGACGCAUCAUAAUCUUUCAUUCCACAAAUGUCCAUUUUUUUUUCUUCUCCACACAAUUGUAAAAAAUGUAAAUCUCUAUUGGAAGUGGAUACUGAUGAAAUAAAAGCUGUUACGGCAUU